GAUGCUGGAAGUCCUCGCCGAUAAGGGAGCACAUAGGGCUUGCAGCGAAAGGACAAGGGACGCGGAAGGAAGCACGGGGGAGCGUUUUAAUACCAAAUCGGGACACAUGUUGAGCUAACGGACCGCGCCACCUCCCCCUCUCCUCCCAGAUGCGUUUGUUUCCUCAGCCGUUUUUCCGUUACUAGUUACUCCGCGUUAGGAUAAAGCCAGCGGAUCUCCUCUCCGGUUCCCAGGAUCCUCGCUCACAGUUUAUGGUUGGACGAUCAUGGAUCUCAGUAAAAUUGCUGUCAGCAUCAAUAAGGCCAUCAACACACAGGAGGUCGCUGUCAAAGAGAAGCAUGCCAGGACCUGCAUCCUGGGGACUCAUCAUGAGAAAGGCGCUCACACUUUCUGGACGGCCGUCAACCGGCUCCCUCUGUCCAGCAACGCGGUGCUCUGCUGGAAGUUCUGCCACGUCUUCCACAAGCUGCUGCGAGACGGACACCCAAACGUGAUAAAGGACUCCAUGAGGAACAAGGCUGAUUUAACUGAUAUGAGCAGGAUGUGGGGUCACCUGAGUGAAGGCUAUGGGAAGCUAUGCAGCAUCUACCUCAAACUACUCAUCACCAAAAUGGAGUUUCACAUCAAAAAUCCCCGUUUCCCAGGCAACCUGCAGAUGUCAAACAGACAACUUGACGAGGCGGGAGAGAACGACGUUAACAACUUCUUCCAGUUGACGGUAGAGAUGUUUGACUACCUGGAAUGUGAGCUCAACCUCUUCCUUGGCGUAUUCAGCUCUCUAGACAUGUCGCGGUCGGUGUCAGUGACGGCAGCGGGUCAGUGUCGUCUGGCCCCUCUCAUCCAAGUCAUCUUGGACUGCAGUCAUCUGUACGACUAUACUGUCAAGCUGCUGUUUAAGCUGCACUCCUGCCUUCCAGCAGACACUCUCCAGGGCCACAGAGAUCGCUUCCAGGAGCAGUUUAAGAAGUUAAAGAGCCUGUUUUAUCGCUCCAGUAACUUGCAGUAUUUCAAGAGGCUGAUUCAGAUCCCACAGUUGCCUGAGAACCCUCCUAACUUCCUGCGUGCGUCAGCUCUGUCAGAGCACAUCAGCCCUGUGGUCGUGAUCCCCGCCGAGUCGUCGUCCCCUGAGUCAGAGCACGUGGUUGAAACAGAUGACCUGGUAGACACAGACAUCCCUGUGCUGCCGGCUGCUUUGGAGACCAAGUUUGACGACCUGUUUGGCACUUCAGCUGCUAUAGAUCCCUUCAACUUCAACAGUCAGAAUGGCAUGCGCAAGGACGACAAAGACCGUCUGAUUGAACAGCUGACGAGGGAGAUCCAGGCCCUCAAAGAUGAGCUGGAGUCUUUCAGACUGGAGAGUGGUCGGUUGUGUCAGGCGCUGAGGGGGCGUGUCAACGAGCUGGAGGCAGAGCUGGCCGAGCAGAGCCACCUGAGGCUGCAGGCUGCAGGAGAGAGCGAGUUCCUGAAGGCUGAGCUGGAUGACUUGCGGAGGGUCAGAGAGGACACCGAGAAGGAGCAGCGGAGCCUGACGGAGAUAGAGAGAAAAGCCCAGGCCAAUGAGCAACGGUACACCAAACUGAAGGAGAAGUACACAGAGCUGGUUCAGAGUCAUGCAGACCUUCUGAGGAAGAAUGCAGAGGUGACCCGGCAGAUGACUGUGGCUCGGGCAGCACAGGAUGAAGUGGAGGCAGUGAGGAAGGAGAUGCAAGAGAAGGUGAAGGCUGCCCAAGAGGCUUCAGACAGGCAGGAGAAGGAACAGCUGGAGCAGCUUCAGGAGCUCCAGAGAGAGCUGGUGUCCACCCGGGUGGAGCUGGACUCCCUGAAGACCACCAUGGCCUCAUCACAACAGUCAAGUGAGGCUCUCGGCACACAGCUGGCUGCCCUGGCGUCUGAGAAGGCUGAGCUGGUGCAGUCUUUGUCGAAGGUGGAGACAGAGCUGGUAGUCCAGGGGCAGGAACUAGAGCGAGUCAAAAGCUCACUGGCGACUGAGCGGGAGAAUGGGGUGAAGACAGCAGAAGCCUUGCAGAAUCAGCUCAAUGAGAAGGAGAGCAGGGAGCAGGCCCUGGAGAGCCAGCUGGUGGCAGCUCGCUGGAGCAGUCUGCAGGCAGCUGUGGAAGAGGCAGAGAAGAUCAUCCGGGACUCACUGGCUCAGAUAGACAACCCGGCACACAUCAGCUCCACCAGCUCCGCAGAUUACCUAGCAUCCAGGUGUCAGGCUUCUUUAAACUGUAUUGAUCGACUCCAUUCUGCCAGAGAGGCUUUCAUAGCAGACAACACGGAUGUGUCUGAGCUGGUACGAGCAGUGACCCAGUGUGGCCACCUGGUGGGCGACGCUAUCGUUCAGGGUAGUGCCACCUCCCACAUGGUGCCUGUGGAGCAAGCUGAUGCCCUGUCUGAGAGUGUGAAACUGUGUGGGACUGAAGCUCUGGCUCUGCUGGGACAGCUGAAGCAACGGGACAGCCUGGCCGCUGCAGACAAGAGCAAGCUGAAGGCAGCUCUCGAGGCCAUCUUAGCCACCGCAGAGAAACUGCGUCCUCGGGGUUUGGAGCUACAGCAGGGUGAGCUGGGAGACCUUGUGGAGCAGGAAAUGGCUGCAACUUCUGCUGCUGUGGAGUCAGCAGCUGCCAGGAUAGAGGAAAUGCUAAACAAGUCUCGAGCAGUUGAUACAGGAAUCAAGAUGGAGGUCAACGAAAGGAUUUUGGCCUCCUGCACGGAGCUGAUGCAGGCGAUCAAGGAGCUCAUUCUGUCAUCCAAAGAUCUGCAAAGGGACAUCGUAGAGAGUGGCAGGGGGGCAGCAUCUAUGAAGGAAUUUUAUGCCAAGAACUCCCGCUGGACUGAGGGGCUGAUCUCUGCCUCCAAAGCUGUGGGAUGGGGCGCUACGGUCAUGGUGGAUGCUGCUGAUCUGGUGGUGCAGGGAAAAGGGAAGUUUGAGGAGUUGAUGGUGUGUUCACAUGAAAUAGCUGCCAGCACAGCACAGCUUGUGGCCGCUUCCAGGGUAAAGGCAGACAAAGGCAGUGCCAACCUGCAGCGUCUCCAGCAGGCAUCCCGAGGCGUCACACAGGCGACUGCAGUUGUUGUGGCCUCCACCAAGUCUGGGAAGUCCCAGAUUGAAGAGACAGAUACAAUGGACUUUUCCAGCAUGACUCUCACACAGAUCAAACGACAGGAAAUGGAUGCACAGGUCCUGGUUCUAGAGCUGGAGACUCGUCUGCAGAAGGAGCGAGAGCGUCUCGGCGAGCUGAGGAAGAAGCAUUACGAGCUGGCCGGCGUAGCAGAGGGCUGGGGCGAGGACGAGGAGGGCACAGGUUGAGACAGCCCUUGCUAUUGCCCCUCUUCUACCAGAGGACCAUCCUCCCUCUGCCCCUUUCUAUUUAUAUACACUUUUCUCCCUUGUUUUCUUCUAUCUUUUUUGUUUCUUUGUUGGUUAUCAAAGCCAGAUGAAAAGGUGCUUUCUUUUUAAGCCUGCUUCUCCACCUGUGUCUGAAGUUUCAAGCACCAAGGGCUCAACAGUGGGGGCGUGUGAGGAAGGAGCAACCAGAUGUAAGGAGUUGGGGGAAAGAAAACGUUACAGGCCACCUUCCCACCCUCGCACCCUGCCCUCGUCUCUCCCGCAGGACUGUGUUGGUGAAAAUCAGCAAUGAAGUUGAUCUACUCUGCUGAGUAUUUAUCAUCAUCAUCAUCUUGUUCCUCUUCUUCCCCUUUUUUAAAAUAUGGUGCUCUGUCAAGGAGUCACAGCAGCGACGCUGUGAGCACAAGUUCUACACCAGACAUCCCAGGAUGCACUGCACAAAGGCCAAACUCUCAGUAGAAAGAGGGGAGAUCGGUGACUGUCUGCCCCAAAAUCAUCUGUUCUUGUGUAACAUAGAUGGCAUGCAUGCACACUUACUCAACCAAGUGUUUUUGUUCAACGUUGUGAGCUCAUAAAGCUGCAGGAGCCUGAACUGCUCUUCGUCACUUUGAUGCUCUCCUGCUCUGUAGUUUCUUUGUAUUCUUUUCUCACUGUGAGUUAUCACCUUAUUAAGUCCAUACCACUACACUGGCUGGUUCAAUGGACUUUCUGCCUUUCACCUCCUCACUAUUGUAACGACUGUGACUGUUAACUUGAGCCGACCUCCCCCUUUUUUUUUUUUUUAAACAGACAUUUGAAUGGAAACUCUUAAAACCGCUCCAUAUUGUCAGUGUGCACUUUCAGAACGGGAAAAGUAGCACAGGUUUUACCUCUUAAGUCUUCCCCUGUGAGCUUUGCCACUGCCGACUACCUCAUGCUACAUCAUCAGAGGUCAGAGGUAGCGAUGCAUCGUGGGGAGGUCUGAUGAGUAAAGAAGUGUUACCUAAACACUAACAGCACAAGGUUCAUUUGGCAAGGGAGUAGUAAUGUUUGAAUUAGGACAGGGAGCAGUGAGAGGUAACCCUAUGUUUCUGAUCUAGAAAACAACACUUUGGGGUCGGCUGCUUUUUCUUGUGUAAUGAAAGUUUUUUUUCUUCUUCUUUCUAACAACAGUUCAAGACUGACAACAAACACAAAGUUGUUUAAUAAAAGUGAAGACCCAUUA